AUAACUUCUUGUUCUACUCAAAAAAAGCGGUUAGCAGGAAGCCUCGUGCUUGGUGAUUAAUUUAUAAAUUAUUUCUUGUUGCAGAGCUGAUUUACAGUUGUAAUUAAGAAAUUGGGAGAAAAUAUGACUCAGCGGAAAAAACGAUCGCUUUCAAACGAAAAAAAGGGAUUAUGGAUUCAAUGUUGUGAUGAAAAUUGUAAAAAAUGGAGGUUCGUAAAGGAAUAUAAGGAUCCGCUUUCGGUACCAGAGAAAUGGUUCUGUUCAGAAAAUUUCGACAAGAAAUUUGCAUCCUGCGAUAUUCCGGAAGAAAAAGCCGACGACGAUCUCGUAGAAAGCGAAUAUGUUCCCGGAAAUAUUGUUUGGGCUAAAAUUACCGGCUAUCCAUGGUGGCCAGCAAUAAUUGACAAUUGUCCAGUGAAAAAAACUUUCUAUGAACUUGGAUCUUCCGAAAUUCCGCUUAGAUAUCACGUGACUUUUUUAGAAGAAAAGGAAAAUCAUUGUCAGUGGAUAAAGUCUGAUAAAAUUAAACCAUACAAGGAAGAUGAUGGUAAUCAGCCAAAGAAAGCGAAGUUAUUACAGAAUAGUCAAUCGGUAUCAUUAUGUCAAUCUUUGGAAAUAGCGAAAUUGGCACUAACCCUAGACAAUGAAAAAAGAUUAAAGAAAUACAGUAUUUCGCUUCGAAUCGAUGAUUUAUUGAAAUCAAAUAAUAUACCCAAGAGAAGAAAAGAAAAUGUAAAAUACGUUUCCUCAAAUAUAAAAGAAAAUAACGUGAAAAAAAAUCUCGAAAUUUCGACCGAUAGAAAAGAAAAUUCUUCUCAAAAUCAAAAUAACGUGAAAAAGAAUCUCGAAAAUUCGACAGAUAGAAAAGAAAAUUCUUCUCAAAAACAAAACGUGAAAAAAACUCUCGACAAUACCAAUAAAAAAGAAAAAUCUUCUCAAAAACCAAACGUGAAAAAAACUCUCGAGAAUACCAAUAAAAAAGAGAAAUCUUCUCAAAAACCAAACUCAUCUGUCAUCAUUCAUCCAGGAAGAUGA